AUGAAAACCAUCUGUCGAAGCAAUCCCGACCCCACGUCAUGCGCCAAUAAACCGCGGAUCGUGCGAAUGGACCUCGAUGAGAAAGCGGAGUCCUAUUUCCUCCGAGCUGUCUACGAGGCCUGCCAAUGCUACACUGACCCCGUCGACCUCUGCACUGCCAUUAAGCAGUGCCUCGAUCAGAAGUUCGGUCAAAUGUGGCACGUUGUCGUAGGCCCAGAAUUUGGAAGUGAUCAUUCGUCUAAGCCUCGAUUCCUCCGAAAAUCCCUGGAUGAAAAUGUGGAGGCCGACUUCCUCUACUAUGUGCGCCAGGUGUACCAUAAUUACGACGAUCCAGAGGACAUGUGCACAGCGUUAAGGACGCGUCUUGAGGACGAAUUUGGUCCCACUUGGCAUGUUAUCAUCGGCGACUACUUCGGAAGCCACUUCGAGCAUGAUCCACAGGGUUUCUGCUACAUCACCUACCAAGGCCUCUCGUUCCUUAUGUUCAAAUUCGGCUAA